AUGUUCCAGAGCCAACAGAACAGCGCCCGCGGCCCGCUCGGUGGGAGUAGGUUACAAAACGGGAAGAUGGGAAGCGGCUCACAGUGGGCGUUUGGAGGGCCUAUGGGCGGGGCUCCGGGAUUAGCAAACGCACAAUCGCGAACAAACGGGGGAGGCCUAUCGAGUUUCGCGCAGACAAUCGGCGGCUCACAAGCCCAUACUCCUCUGAACCUUGAAGAAUUCCCUUCAUUAUCCGGCGCUCCCCAAGCGCAACAGAACACCUCGGCACAGCAGAUGUGGUCAAAUCCGAACCUACGAACGACACAGCAUUCGACGAUCCAACGACCGCAGGGUCAAGGCGCUCAACCAGGCCAGUCGGGCCAGUCUGCGAACCAGCAGAUGCAGAAUCAGGGCCCCGACGAUGGAGUCAGAUCAGGCCCAAACCAAUUCUCAGCGGGGGCCGACGACUAUCGAUUUGGAGGUCAAGCAGGUGUAGGGCCGCUUUCUGGUGCUUCUCAACCUCAAACCGGCAAUAUCGACGAAUUUCCACCCCUUGGAGGCGCGGGAGGAGAGGUGGGACCGGAUCGAAGGACCGGAAUGAUUCAGAAUGCGGCGGCAUAUGGAGGCAAUGCUAAUUCAAGUGCUUUCCCAGGCCUUGGACAAACGCGGAACGGCCUGUCAAGCCCGACGGAUGGCCAACAAGAUCGGUCAAUAGGUUCUGCAAUAGGCGGUAGAGGCAUCGCUCCUGGUGGUGCGUCUCGGACACCAUUCGAGAACAUGCGAGGAACCCCUACAGGUCUACAGGAGAGCAACCAACGGCCUAGCCAGGCUUUGGGCAACAUAUCAAACAUGUCUUUUAUGGGAUCAACACCGUCAAAUCUUCCCCCAGUUGGACAGCGGCCCCAGCAGUCUCAAUUCGAGCCGACCUACGGGGCUGACAAUGUUGGAUCACCUAAUACCCAAGUGCCACAACAGCACAAAAAGCUCGCAGAUAUGACGGAGUCGGAACGAUAUGGCUUGCCCGGCCUGCUCUCAAUGAUUCCCCUAGAAAGCCCCGACUAUUCCUCGCUCGCGGUAGGUCAGGACCUUACGGUGCUGGGUCUCGACUUAAGCCGCCCAGAUAACUCUCCAUUACAUCCUACCUUUGGCUCGCCGUUUGUGGAAUCAAACGCUAAGCCAGUGAUACCUCCCGACUUCAAACUUCCUGAGGCUUACAAAGUGACGAACGUCCCUCCGCUACACAGCAAGGUGACGAGUUUCUCCGCGGAAACACUGCUCGCGAUCUUCUAUCAGUACCCUCGGGACAUCAUGCAGGAGAUUGCUGCGAAUGAGCUGUACAAUCGCGACUGGAGAUGGCAUAUCAAGCUGCAGCAGUGGAUGAUGAAGGACCCCGAUCUUCCGGCGCCCAUACGAAUCUCACCCAAGGUAGAGCGCGGUUGGUAUCUAUUCUUCGACGUGACGAACUGGAGAAGGGAGAGGCUCAUCUCGCUGUUUGCUAACAACAGUACCUUACUCGACCUCUACGCCACAACCGCCCUCAAGAUGUCCUCACCGAGCGACACGACCGACGCCGAGCAAGUACGCCGCGCUCUCAUGGCACUCUCGACCGUAGUACGCGAAAUGGCCCCAGCUGGUGCGAAGAAGAUUCCGACGGCCCCGGAACGCUUCAACUUGCUUGCGCGGCCACACCACGACACCUGUCGCAUCUGCAAUCUCCCCGGUCAUCACUCGCCGAGCGCCCAGAAGGCUGCGGCGUGUCGCGUUGCCAUCCUGUCUCUCAUCGGCUUCUGGGAGGACGUCUCCGGCAAGGUAUCAUGCUUGUACAACUCGUCCACCCGCUUCAACAAGGCGAUUACCAACAGCGUCGCGACCUACGAGAUGCGGCUUGACGAUGCUCCUCUAGUUGGCGGCGAUAUCGAGGUCGUCCUUGUCGAUCGCCUUACCCGCAACUACCUCAAGUUCCAGAGCCACUUCGCGCGCAUUCGUGCGAAGGCAAAUGUCAUUCUGAACGAGCAAGGCAUCGCUCGUUAUGAGAAAGUCUCGCAGACGCUGAAUGGGUUCUUCCUCAACGGUCAGACCCUGUCUGACCUCUUCGAGCAGAGCCUUGCUAACCACAAGUAA